UUUUCAAACUGAAUUUUUUGGAAGCAAAUAACAAAGGACAAGACAAAGUGGGAUCAUCAUCUUGAUUUCAUUAAUUUGUAGUCGAUAAAAACAAUGAAUGGAAAAAAUGGCAACAAUUUGGUCAAUGAAAUUGAAGAAUUAGAAGAAGAGGAGAAAUUUUAUUAUUCUACAAGUGAUUUAUUUGAAAUAGAUCAUGGAGGUGAAGUGGAAGGCAGUUUGUUUUCCUUUGACUUCAACAAUAAAGGAGAGCAUGAUAUUGUUUAUGUUGUUGUUGGGAAUAACAGUUCUGCUAACACAAACAAGAUUAGCCUGGAGUCGAGCAUUGAUGCAUUGUUUUGGACUCUCAAACAUGGUGUAAUCAAUCCAAAUUCUGCCAUUGUUUUCCUCAUUCAUAUCUUUCCUCAAACCAAGCUCAUCCCUACUCCUUUGGGAAUGAUGCCAAUACACCAAGUGAAUGAAGUGCAGAAGGAAAGCUAUAUGGCUCAAGAAAGAAGCAAGAGAAGGCAGUUUCUCCAAAAGUUUGUUGACAUCUGCUCUGCUUCCAAGGUUAAAGUGGACACUAUACUAAUUGAGAGUGACAUGGAAGCCAAAGCUAUACUGGACCUCAUUCCCAUCUGCAAUAUAAGAAAGCUGAUUCUUGGUACUUCUAAAGCUAAUCUCAAGAAAAUGAGAUCAAGAAGAGGUAACGGAACGGCUGAUCAGAUAUUACAAAAUGCACCAGAGUUCUGUGAGGUUAAGAUCAUAUGUGAAGGCAAGGAAAUUGUAGAGCUACAGAUGUUUGAAUCUCCUUCUCUCCGGAACUCCAAUGGCAGCGCAACGUCCAUUGAAGGCCAAAUCCAGAAACAGAAUCAAGAAGUCCAGAAUGAAUCCAUUGGAUGUGGAGGAUGUUUUGGAGCCAAGAUCAUGUCUUAGAUCUAUAGUUCAUAGUAUCCUACCAAAGACUUGAAAGAUGUAAAUAUCUAUCACCAAACAGCUGGUUUUCACAAGCAUCUCCCUUCUUUAUCAUACCAUAAAUUACAUGUUACUAUUAACAGUUACUGUACAUUCAAAAAACAAUACACCAAUGUAUCAUUAACAAAGAAGUAAAUCUUUAUUUUUCCCAUUUUU